GACGUCACGACCUGGUGCAAUCCGCCCUCAGCCGGUUUGUCAGUGUUUAUAGCCGGGCCCGGCUUGGACAUAUAACAGUUUGUCGUUUUGUAGUUGGUUUAAACGUUGAAACCUGUAGCGCAGAGGCAGUUAGGAGUUAUCGUAGGAGUUGCAGUGUUGUUUUCUGUGGAACGGCUGUCAAUUCUUCAAUCCGGGUUGGUGCUGGGAAGAGGAAGAACGCACGCAGUUGGUUCGAGCGCGGGCCGCCGACAUUUUUUUUGAGGACGAUAAAAGUUAUCAGUGCAUGAUACGGUUCUUGGUUUAGAAAACUCAGAAGGAUCUCAGAAUUAAAGUCAAAGACUUGAGGAAAGGACACAAGAAGGUUCCACAGUUGUUGAACAACCAUGGAAGGGACUGCAAAAUCUGAGCCGCUAACCAUCCAGGGCAAGUCAAAUAGGCCUGAGCUCAAACGCCUUGCGAUGCCGAAAAAGCCUAAAGACAGAUACGAAAACGAAUGGGACGAGGCCAAGCCCGAAACCCCGCCGACCACGGUCAGAGGACCCUUGCUGUUCGGCAAACCCAGGCCAAGCAAGUUCUCCCACCUAGCUGCACAGAUGGAAACAGAGGAGUCAGGCACAGCGACAGACGAACUGAACAGACUGCAGCCUACAAUAACUCGUGCUGCACCCAAGCUACAGAUAGCGCAAAAUUACCACCACACGCAGCUGCAAGGAAAGGGACUGCUGAAGCAGCCACAGCUGCAGGAUUUCGAGAAGAACGCAGGUGUCCAUGUGGCGCCCGAACAGCUGCGGAAGGGCGUGCCGGGGGAAGUCUCAAAAGUUCAGCGCGUUCCCGGGAAGGUGGCGCAGUUGAACGGGGAACAGAGAGCCAGUUCGUUGCCAGGCACGCCGACUGGAACCCCGCCCAAAACUUCAGCAGAGAAGCACCACAGCUGGUUUGGGGUUGUGCAGGAGGAGAAGCCGCCCUGUGUCCCACAGACCAUCUACCUGCCUGAGCAGAGAAGAUGGUUUGGUUUUGGCCCGGUGUACCAGCCCACCCAGACCGUGUGUGUUCCCGUCCAACCCAAAGUCAGCGUUGUAGACCAGGUCAAGCAGAAGGGCCUGUCCACCAAAACCAAGCAGUUUUACCAUCAGGACUCCGAUAGAGACUUCUUUGUGGACAAAAACCACCAGGAGAUGCCUAAGAUAACCAAGAGAUGCCCCAGGAGCAACGCAGAAUUCAACGCCCUCGCACCUUCGACGUUGUGAAGGAAGGAAUCGGCAAAGAACUUGUAAAGAUUGUGUCUGUCUAUGGAUUUAUGUAUUCAGAUAUUUGUAAAACGACAGUUUGUACAUUUGCAUACCAAGUGACCAAGGCAGUGAUCAAUACAUGUACUGUAGAGCUCAGUCAGCAGAGGAUGGUUGGUGAAACUUAUCAAGGAAAAUUGAAAUUAGCCAUACAGUCAACAGUGUCAGUAUUUUUUCUCUAACCUGAUUGUCAUCCUCUGUAUAGUUGUUACCACUCACUGGUUCUCUUGGUUUGCUUGCUGCCAUAUUGGUAGAAGUUAAAGGGGAGAGCCAGUGGUAACUACACAGGAUGGCACCCAGGUACAUUUGUAUUAUCCUUUCAGGAGUCAUACCAAGUACAGUGUUGUAUGUAAAGAUUUCACUCUGGCAGAAAUUCAGAAUCUGUUUCCUUAACUGAAUGCUAGUACUGAUCAAACUUAACAACAUUGAACAUGAUUUAAGACAAAAACUUUAUGUUAAUUGCCUUUAUGCUACCUCAGAUUGAAUGACCAACACUGUAGAGGCAGUUGUUGUUAAGUACUACAUGUAGUACUAAGUACUUAAAGGACAUGGGCUUGUUCUCGAGCUCUGGUUUACUCCAUUUACUUUGUAUUAGUUUUCAAAAAUGAGAAGAAAGGAUAGAAGAUUGGUUACCAUAAUAAAAAAAGGGAGAGUGUUAACAUAAUCAAUGUGAUUCAAGUUUUGUUAUUGCCAGUAUCUAUCAAUAUCAUUGGAAUGAAAAAUGUACAAAAUGUAUUUUCUGAGAAAAUUAUGAUGAGAUGACUACAAGUCAGUAAGUUAGUGAUGUUUGAAAGACGGAGUAAGGAAAAUGUGCCAGUGUUAACUGAAUUCACUUCUCUGUGUUGUUAUUUAUAAAAUUGUUGUCCUUGUUGAUAAUAAAUCCUUUUGGUGCUUUGAUC